UUUGCCCUCUCCCCAACGCACAUUGUUCACCCUCAUCUGAAUGCGAGAGAAAGUGUAGCACUCCCAGGAACUCUGUGCGGUGGGAAAACUAAGACUUUUGGAUCGCUGUCAGCAGCAGUGUUUUGAGGUUUUACCUUUGGACUGUUUGGUUUGAGUCCAGGAGGCCAAAAUGGAAAUACACUUGGCAGAGGCCCCAGGCGCGGUGAAGGUCACAGAAUGGCAACAGUCGUAUUACGGGACAGAUUCAGGCAUCCAGUCAGGAGCCACUACAGUUCGCUCAGAUAAAGAUGGAACCGAGUACAGCACCAAGAAGUUCAGCUACUCCACCACAUUCACAGAGAACCCUGCAGACGUGGAGUCUCAGUAUAAUAUGACUCGUGCCCAGCGUGUGAGGGCGGCCAUGUUUCCUGAGACAGUGAUGGAGGGAACGGCCAUCCUUUCCACACAGAUGGAUCCGUCCCAGCAGACCAAUGUACAGAAGCUGGCCGAACCGUCUCAGCAGCUCAAAGCCGCCAUCAUUCAUCUCAUCAACUACCAGGACGACGCCGAACUCGCCACACGCGCCAUUCCAGAGCUCACCAAACUCCUCAACGACGACGACCAGGUCGUGGUGAAUAAGGCAGCUAUGAUCGUGAACCAGCUGACCCACAAGGAGGCGUCCCGUCGGGCUCUGAUGCAGUCCCCGCAGAUGGUGGCCGCUGUUGUGAGAGCCAUGCAGAACACGUCCGACAUGGAGACGACCCGCGCCACAGCCAGCAUCCUGCACAACCUUUCGCACCAGCGCGAGGGGCUGCUCGCCAUCUUUAAAUCAGGAGGCAUUCCAGCUCUGGUGCGCAUGCUGAGUUCUCCGAUGGAUUCAGUUCUUUUCUAUGCCAUCACCACCCUGCACAACCUGCUUCUGCAUCAGGAGGGAGCCAAGAUGGCGGUGCGUCUGGCUGAUGGUCUGCAGAGGAUGGUUCCCCUGCUGAAAAAAAGCAACCCCAAGUUCCUGGCCAUCACCACAGACUGCCUACAGCUGCUUUCCUAUGGCAACCAGGAGAGCAAGCUGAUUAUCCUGGCUAACGGUGGCCAUGAGGGUCUAGUGAGUAUCAUGAGGACUUACAACUAUGAGAAGCUGCUCUGGACCACUAGCCGUGUGCUCAAAGUGCUCUCUGUCUGUCCUAGUAACAAACCUGCUAUUGUGGAUGCUGGUGGAAUGCAAGCUCUUGGUAAGCAUCUGAACGGCUCUAGUCAACGUCUGAAUCAAAACUGCCUGUGGACCUUGAGAAACUUGUCAGACGCUGCAACCAAACAGGACGGAAUGGAAAAUCUGCUCCAAGUGCUGGUCGGCCUGCUGUCCUCUGAUGACAUCAACAUGCUGACCUGUGCCACGGGCAUCCUGUCCAACCUCACCUGCAACAACACACGCAACAAAACACAGGUGACCCAGAGUAAUGGUGUGGAGGCUCUGAUUCAUUCCAUCCUGAGGGCCGGUUCAAAACAGGAUGUGAUCGAGCCAGCUGUCUGUGCCCUGCGCCACCUCACCAGCCGGCACCCGGAGGCUGAGUCUGCACAGAAUGCCAUACGAAUGCAUUACGGCAUCCCCGCUAUUGUCAAAUUGCUCAAUCAGCCCUACUACUGGCCAGUCGUUAAGGCUGUGGUUGGUCUGAUCCGUAACCUGGCGCUGUGUCCAGCCAAUCAGGCUCCUUUGAGAGACGCUGAAGCCAUUCCCAAACUGGUCACUUUGCUUUCGAAAGCUCAUCAGGAUGCACAGAAACACGGUUCAUCUGCUCAACAAACAUACCAGGUAUGAAUUCCUCACCCGUCGC